GCUAGUUUGGAAGAUUAUGAAGAAACAGUAAAGAAGGCUAAAGAGGCAUGGAAGGUUUGGGCUGAUAUCCCUGCACCUAAGCGUGGAGAAAUAGUGCGACAGAUUGGUGAUGCCCUGAGACAAAAAAUUAAACUUCUAGGAAGCUUGGUCUCUUUGGAAAUGGGAAAGAUUUUAGUUGAGGGUGUUGGGGAAGUGCAGGAGUACGUUGAUGUCUGUGACUAUGCUGUUGGUUUGUCCCGAAUGAUUGGUGGUCCUGUUUUGCCUUCAGAAAGACCUGGCCAUGCCCUUAUAGAGCAGUGGAAUCCCGUGGGGCUGGUCGGGAUCAUCACAGCCUUUAACUUCCCCGUGGCGGUGUAUGGGUGGAACAGUGCGAUCGCAAUGGUCUGUGGAAACGCUUGCCUCUGGAAGGGUGCUCCUACAACAUCCCUCAUUAGUGUUGCUGUUACAAAGAUAAUUGCCAAAGUCUUGGAGGACAACAAUGUGCCUGGAGCUAUCUGUUCUCUGGUUUGUGGUGGAGCAGACAUUGGGACAGCAAUGGCGAGAGAUGAGAGGAUGGACCUGUUGUCCUUCACUGGCAGCACAAAAGUGGGCAAGCAAGUAGCACUUAUGGUUCAGGAGAGAUUUGGUCGAAGUCUGCUGGAACUGGGAGGAAACAAUGCCAUAAUUGUGUUUGAAGAUGCAGAUCUGGACCUUGUCAUACCAUCUGCUCUGUUUGCUGCUGUGGGAACAGCCGGUCAGAGGUGCACAACUGCUAGAAGGCUGUUCCUCCAUGAAAACAUCCAUGAUGAGGUGGUGACAAAGCUUGCCAAGGCCUAUGCCCAGGUCCGCAUUGGGGAUCCAUGGGACUCUGACACUCUGUAUGGGCCUCUUCAUACCAAAGCAGCAGUGAAAAUGUUCCUUGAUGCAGUAGAACAAGCAAAACAACAGGGUGGCACUGUGGUCUACGGUGGAAAGGUUAUAGAUCGCCCUGGAAACUAUGUUGAACCAACCAUUGUGACUGGCCUUCCUCAUAAUGCACCCAUCGUCCACACCGAGACAUUUGCCCCCAUACUGUAUGUGCUGAAAUUUAAG